GGGGCUGCCUGGACGACGGUUGACGGAGGCGAGGGACACUGAGGGCGAGAGUUGUGCGUCGUGUUGGCAGGAGGGUCUAGAGGAGAAAGACUGUGUGUUGAUUCCAAACCGCCCCCACUCCGUGGGCGGGUCAGGAGAGGCCCUUGGAAGAGCGUCUGAACUUGACUGGAGCCUCUUCUCUCGCGCCCCCGUCGGGAGCCGAAACAGGCCGUCAUUUGAGGCCGUGGCUGGUGUGGGUGGUGUGGGUGGUGGUGGUGUGUGUAUGCAGAUGGAGCACACUUUUUGCACACGAAUGCCACCAACCCCGUUGCUGACGCCACUGAGGUCCAUUCGGAAGCUGGGGUUGCGGGUCUGGUGGGACAGUGUCAUAAAUUUGGAAUGCUGAAGAGAAAAUUAUAGAUUUUGAUAUUGAAGGAAAUGAAGCGAAGCCUAAAUGAAAAUUCAGCUCGAAGUACAGCAGGCUGUUUGCCUGUUCCAUUGUUCAAUCAGAAAAAGAGGAACAGACAGCCAUUAACUUCUAAUCCACUUAAAGAUGAUCCAGGUAUCAGUACCCCUUCUGACAAUUAUGAUUUUCCUCCUCUACCUACAGAUUGGGCCUGGGAAGCUAUGAAUGCAGAGUUGGCUCCUGUAAUGAAAACAGUGGACACUGGGCAAAUACCACAUUCAGUUUCUCGUCCUCUGAGAAGUCAAGAUUCUAUCUUUAACUCUAUUCAAUCAAAUACUGAAAGAAGCCAGGGUGGUUGGAGCUACAGAGAUAACAACAAAAAUACCAGCUUGAAAACUUGGAAUAAAAAUGAUUUUAAGCCUCAAUGUAAACGAACAAACUUAGUGGCAAAUGAUGGAAAGAGUUCUUGUCCAAUGAGUUCGGGAGCUCAACAACAAAAACAAUUCGGAAUACUCGAACCUCCUAACUUACCUCGCAACAAAGAAACCGAGCUACUCAGACAAACUCAUUCAUCAAAAAUAUCUGGCUCCACAAUGAGAGGGCUAGACAAAAACAGUGCAUUACAGACAUUUAAGCCCAAUUUCCAACAAAAUCAAUAUAAGAAACAAAUGUUGGAUGAUAUUCCAGAAGACAACACUCUGAAGGAAACCUCAUUGUUUCAGUUACAGUUUAAGGAAAAAGCUAAUUCUUUAAGAAUUAUUUCUGCAGUUAUUGAAAGCAUGAAGUAUUGGCGUGAACAUGCACAGAAAACUGUACUACUUUUUGAAGUAUUAGGAUCGUGAACUUCCAAGACUGAUUAGAGGCCGAGUUCAUAGAUGUGUUGGCAACUAUGACCAGAAAAAGAACAUUUUCAAAUGUGUUUCUGUCAGACCGGCAUCUGUUUCUGAACAAAAAUCAUUCCAGGCAUUUGUCAAAAUUGCAGAUGUUGAGAUGCGGUAUUAUAUUAAUGUGAUGAAUGAAACUUAAGUAGUGAUAAAAGGAAGUUUAAAUAGCAUAAAUUAUAGCGGUUUUCUGUUAUUACUUAAUUUACCAUCUCCAUAGUUUUAUAGCUACUGUUUUCUUGUAUUUCACUUGUUGAAUUAAAGUGUUUGAAUUCUUUUAAACGUGGA